AUGUAUGUCCUGGAGCAAAUUCAACACAAAGUCCCAGAAGAAGCAUUAAAGCAUGAGAAGUACACCAGCCAACUUCAGAUGAAUUACAAAGGCACAGCAAUGAAGAAGGCGGAGCAGCCCAUGGAGCACGGAGUCUACACUGAGUCCCCACAGGCAAAGCUGGAGAAAGGAGAGAGGAAAGCAAUUACAGAAACCAGUACUUACCGCACCCCUCUUUACGGACAGCCCUCCUGGUGGGGGGAAGAUGAUGCAAAUAACAAGGAGGACAGAAGGCAAGAGGAACAUUAUGCAGAAAGAUCAAAAGAGAUAACCCAACAUGAAGAGGAACUGAAUGGUAAUAUUUCUUAUAGAGAUGCCCAAGAACAGUCUGUGUUCGCCUUCCGGAGAGAGCCAAGUUACUUUGAGAUUCCAACUAAAGAAUUUCAGCAGCCAUCAAAAUCUCCAGAAACACAGGUCCAUGAGAUCCCAACAAAGGAUGUUGAUGCUGUAGUAGCCCCCGUUGUACAGAGUCAUGCCUCUUUCACCAUUGAAUUUGAUGAUGGUACCCCUGGUAAAAUAAAGAUAAAAGAUCAUGUGACUAAAUUUUCACUCAGACAGAGAAGACCGUAUAGUAAGGAACCAGCUCAUACAGAAGUGAUGUCAGCAGAGAGCAAAGUGGCUGACUGGCUUGUCCAGAAUGACCCAAGCUUGAUGAGACGGCAGUCUCCAGGAGACGAUGUGUACAGUACGAAGAGUGACCUGCCAGUUCAUGUGAGGACGCUUAAAG